UGGCUCUGAGACGCAGCGGGUGAGAAAGCAAAAAGCGGUUAGGAGCCACAAAAAAUCCUCAACCGGCUCAUCAGGAACAGCUCCACACCAGGCGCGUCUGAAGAGACGGCGCGAGCGCGCAGAGCUCAGCCCCUCCCCCUUUAAUCCGGUCUUAACUCAAAUCCUCGUUUACGACGAUUCGUCCCCCCAGCCUGCCAAACCCGCUCUCCUUCGUUUCACCGCUCGAGAGAAGACAGCAGGGCAACGCAUCCCGUCUGAAGUCGUGGCGCAUCGCUGAAGGCUGGUGUUUUUUCCGGCUGCGCGCGCUGGGGCGCCUCUCUGAUUUCAGGCGGUCGAUGCGGAAGGAAAGGAGUCGCCGGUAGCAGCCGCGGAUCGUUCACCUGCAGCGCACGACCCACCGGCGUGCUGACACGCAGCGCCAUGGAGCCGCCCACCGCCUGCUGAUGCUGGAGGAACACGAUGGGUUCUUGCAUGUCCGCCUUAAACUGCCGAUCUAACGGGAUCCUAAAUGGAGGAGGAGAUUGACAACCGCAAAAUCAACAACAGCUUCCUUCGGGACCACAACUAUGCAACCGAAGCCGACAUCAUCUCUACGGUUGAGUUCAACUCAACAGGGGAACUCUUGGCCACAGGAGACAAAGGAGGACGUGUGGUGGUUUUCCAGAGGGAACAGGAGAGUAAGAACCAGCCUCACAGGAGAGGAGAGUAUAACGUUUACAGCACGUUCCAGAGCCACGAGCCUGAGUUCGACUACCUGAAGAGCCUGGAGAUCGAGGAGAAGAUCAACAAGAUCCGGUGGCUGCCCCAGCAGAACGCUGCUUACUUUCUGCUCUCCACCAAUGAUAAAACUGUGAAGCUGUGGAAGAUCAGCGAGCGAGAUAAAAGACCAGAAGGCUACAAUUUGAAGGACGAAGAUGGAAGGAUUCGAGACCCUUCCACCAUCACCUCACUGCGGGUGCCAGUCCUGCGGCCCAUGGACCUCAUGGUGGAGGCCACACCCAGAAGAGUGUUCUCUAAUGGCCACACGUACCACAUCAACUCCAUCUCUGUUAACAGUGACUAUGAAACAUAUAUGUCCACAGAUGACCUGAGGAUCAACCUGUGGCACCUGGAGAUCACCAACAGGAGCUUCAACAUUGUGGACAUUAAGCCAGCCAACAUGGAGGAGCUGACGGAAGUGAUAACGGCAGCAGAGUUUCAUCCUCAUCAGUGCAACACGUUUGUCUACAGCAGCAGUAAAGGCUCCAUCCGGCUGUGUGAUAUGAGGGCGGCCGCACUCUGCGACAACCACUCCAAAUUCUUUGAAGAACCAGAGGACCCAAGCAACCGAUCCUUUUUCUCAGAAAUCAUCUCUUCCAUCUCAGAUGUGAAGUUUAGCCACAGCGGCCGUUACCUGAUGACACGGGAUUACCUGACAGUGAAGGUGUGGGACCUCAACAUGGAGAGCAAACCUCUGGAGACCUAUCAGGUACAUGACUAUCUGAGGAGUAAGCUCUGCUCGCUGUAUGAGAACGACUGCAUCUUUGACAAGUUCGAGUGUGUGUGGAAUGGAUCAGACAGUGUGAUCAUGACUGGCUCCUACAAUAACUUCUUCCGGAUGUUCGACCGCAAUACGAAGCGCGACGUGACCCUGGAGGCGUCACGGGAGAACAGCAAGCCACGAGCCAUCCUGAAGCCGCGCAAGGUGUGCGUGGGUGGCAAGCGGCGCAAGGACGAGAUCAGUGUGGACAGCCUGGACUUCAGCAAGAAAAUCCUCCACACCACCUGGCACCCCUCGGAGAACAUCAUUGCUGUGGCAGCCACCAACAACCUCUACAUCUUCCAGGAUAAGGUCAACUAGCGAGGCUCGGAACACCCCAUACACGCAUACAGACAGACAGAGAGAGACAAAGAGAGUUUUUUGCCGUAUGGGGCCAGUGUUUGGCUUGCUGGAGGCAUCGUGGAUAUGUGUUUGUGCACUGAAAGCUAGAGGCUAUGAAUAUGAAAUGGAGUGGGAUGCUGAGAGCAGGGCCAGAUUGGGGACUUACAGAGCUUCUCUCACACACACUAAUGCUGCCAGACGUGUGUGAAUAAGAAGCAGCGACCCUCCUCUCUUACUCUUCAUCGCCUCUGCAUUUCUUCUCACUUCCCUUUAAUGAGUCUUUUAUUUAUUCUAUUUAUUUCGUUGAAGGAAACACCUGCCAUUUUGAAACUGGAAAAGGGUGAAGCUAAACAUAGUAUUAUGAAGUUUAGCAGAUGUAUUUAAGAAGGUAUGGACAGCAGAAAAGCCAAACCUGUGCUGACCUGCAGCCAUGUGCAGUAGUGUGCGUUCCCCCAAUGCCUCUUUCAUCGAUGCCCUGGCACGUGAAACAGAAGGGUGCCUUUAUAAUGAACCUGAUGGAUGUUCUAGUCCCUUUGACAGAAAGGACGCGGCACCCUUCACAUAAUGCCCUUUAGCCACCGCAGAGCUGUCAAUGAAACGUGGAACUGCAGUGGAACAUAGAAGCGGCUGUGUUGACUCUGAUGCCGAGGUCAUACGCAAUCUAUGGACGGUUCUUUGCUACCUGAUUGGUUCUCUGAGAACACUGUGGUUUAAGCGAAUCCACACUAUUGACAUGUCGGUUCAUUUCAUGUCGCUGUUUUACUCGUCUUCUUAUUUUAAUGUUACAGUUAAUAAGCUGUGGUGCCUUCCUUCUUUUGGUAUGUGGGCUCGAGAGUGGGUCGGGAGGGGGUUGGUGGGACGCUGUUUUUGGGUGGGGAGGAUAUGUUGGUUCGUGGAGUGUGACUGUUUUUAAAGAAAUGUGGACCGAAUAGCUUUGUGUAACAAAAAAAAAAAAGAAAAAAGAAUGAAAUUGAUACGUUCAAGUACGCAACAAUGAAGUGCAGACCUCAAUUCCAAAAAAAUUAGGACAGUGUAUAACAUGCUAAUAACAACAAAAAGCAGUGAAUUCUGUUAGACAUGUAUUGAUUAAAAAAAUAGUACAAGAACACAAUAUUAGAUGUUUUACCUUGUGAACUUUUUGUAAAUGUUAGAACAGGUGCAUGUUUACCACUGUUUUACAUCAUUUUAAUAGUAGUUUGGGGGAUGAAGACAUGAGUUGAUCCUAUUUUGAAAGCAUACUUUUUUGCUGUUCUUCCAUUAAACAACCCUUAGGUUAUGCAACCACACAAAGCCUUUGCCACAAGGAUCAUGCCACUGUUAUGUAGAAAUAAGGAGGGAGGAUAUUGAAGGCGGCAAAAUGUGUGUAUAUCUUUCAGCAUUAAUGUUGCCUUCACAGAUGUGCAAGUCACCCCUGCCAUGUUCACUUCCACACCAUAACAUACCCUUGCUUUCAACUUUACACUGUUAACAAUCUAGAUGGUCUUUUUCUUGUUUUGAAGAACACAAUGUCCAUUAUUUCCAUGAAGAAUCGGACAGGUUGACUGGCCCAGAGACGUCUGGGGCAUUUCUGGAGGUUGCUGCCCAAAAAAAAAACCAAGUUGGUUAAAUAUAAUAAAAACAUCUUGCUUUUGUACUGUUUUACUUUAUAAACAGGUUAAAGUGAAUUUACAAAUCACUGCUUUCUGUUUUUUUUGCUUUUAUAUACUGUCCCAACUUUUCUGUAAUUCAGGUUUGUUCUUGAAUGUUUGCUAAACAGUCAUGACACUGGCUGUGAAUGCUUAUAAUUUAUGAAAUGUAUUCCCCUGGAUUUCAGUCCUUCAGUGCAGUGUGGCGUGAAAGCUGUAAUUGCACUCCUUGUAAUGAAUCACUGUAACAAUUAAGAAUGUGUGCUCAGCAGGGUGCGAACAAGUCUGCAACAUAAGAUACCUUUGCCUCUCACCGAAACAACUCACGUUCCGCUAUUGCGCAUUUCUCGGAGACACCUACCUAAAGCACUGUCCUACUUAUGUUCCGUGAUGUGGAAGGGGAGAGAAAGGCCGGUAUCAUGAUGUAGCCUAACUAGACAUGAAGGUUAUAUGAUAUCAGGGAAUUUUAGGUACAAGUCCUUUAAAUAAAAAUAAAAAAGUAAUGUCUUCUAUAACAACUUCAGUUGUGAACUUCUUAAUGAAAUGAAAGUUUUAUAGUUGAGAAUGUAUUUAAAUGCAAUUAAUUGACAUGCAGUCUUUAUGCUUAAUGGAAUUUGUUGAAAUAAAAAAGAUGUGCAACUUGAAA